CCAGCUUGCGCGCUGGCUGUUUGCACGUUUGCGUCUUCGGACCUGGUUGAGGCCUCAAGUUGCGUUCCAGUGGGGGACAGGUCGGGAGGUGGGCGGCUGCGCGGGGCCGACAGGAGGAGGCCGGUGCAAGGAUGCAUGGGAUGGCUUGCCACGAGCCGUCUCUGAGCAGCAGGUCACACAGCAACAGACCCAGACCCUAAGAGAGAAUGGCAGCUGCAGGCAGCCUGCUUAGCUUGCUACAGCAGAGCAUUGUGAAGGCAGCUACAUCUAGAAGCAGCUGCCUGCACACUUCCACGAGCCGGGCAGACUGCAGCAGGGCUGCACUCACUCGCCUGCACCGUCAGGCCUACGCACUUCUCUACCCCGUGCUGCUGGUCAAGCAAGAUGGCUCCACCAUUCACAUCCGCUACCGGGAGCCAAGGCGCAUGCUGGCAAUGCCCCUGGACCUGGACACCCUGACCCCUGAGGAGCGCCGGGUCAGGCUCCGGAAGCGUGAGGCCCAGCUCCAACACAAGAAAGAAGAGGAGCCAGAGCUCAAUGAUGACUUUGAUGCUGAGCAUUACAGACAGUUUUGGGCCAGGACCAAGAAGUAAUUGUGCCUUGGGGGACAUUGUAUAGACAGAGGAAGAUCUGUAAAUUGUAUGUUCCUGACAUCA